GUCAUCCGUUAGGCUACUUGUUGAGCAGACUCUCCUGUCUCUCGAGUCCACACUAUUUGCUAUACUAUGUUUUAGCUUUCAGAGUAGCUGGAUGGCAACUGAUGCUGCACCUUCUGAAAACAGACCCUCCAGGUGCGUCAGAAUGGAACGGUCGCAGCUCUAAAGAUGUCGCGCACGAUACAAAAAAAGUGUUCCAAGAAGAACAUGAUGGCGGCAACUAACCCAGGACCAAGAUGACAGUGGACAUCAAAAUACAACUUCUCAGGCAUUUUACCGCCUAGCAGACACGGAAGCGAAAAUCACUGGGCUGACAUAGAACCCAGCCCUCAUCCGAGAGCCACGACCGGCGGAUUCAAGUCGAACGUAAAUGCAGGUUGCCGUAAAACGGGUCUACGCAAAGGACCAGUGCUGAGCGCAGGCUAGAGGAGAGGAGCGAGACAUGUUGCUACAGAAAACUAGCAUCUUCAUCGGAGAGCCAUGGAGAACGCGGCCCCAUCAAAUCAAGGCUUCAUCUCCUCCAACACAUUAAUUGAAUAUGAAUUACAGAUAAUCGCGGUGGUAAACCAGCAGCACUACCUACGACCCAACAUUUAAGAGGUGAAAAACGCAAAUUAGACCCCAAGUCAAUGAAUGUUGCGGCAGAGAAACCCCCACGGUGGAGUCGGCCGGUGAAGAAGCACGUUCCCAAAAUAUGACCUGGGGUGCUUGGACGUGUCUGCAGCAAGAAGACGGCUUCAAAAUCUGGCUAGAACCCCGCGAGAACGAAAAGCCAUUCACCGACUCAGAGAGGGCCCAGAGAUGGCGACUGUCCUUGGCUUCGCUCUUGUUUCUAACCAUUCUGCUCUCUGAUCACUUAUGGUUCUGCGCCGAGGCGAAAUUGACAAGGACCCGUGAUAAGUUUGCAUUGACGGACAUGGGAGUUUACCCGUCUACAAACCCCAUACCAUCAUCCAGCCUCCAUUUAGCACACAGUAGCCUCAGAGAAAAAGAAUAUGCUAUUUUUAUAGGGAAUUCUACCAAACCUUUGUGGCGACUUGAAACUUGCCACCACGAUAGUUUAUCUAAAAACGGCUUUACUUUUGAUGACGCCGAUCAUUUGUGCAAGGACCUUUUGGAAAAAGAACGGACCCGGACAGUAAAUAUAAGUGAUUUGUACCUUUCCUUUUGUAAUUCUUAUUCUCUUUUGGAUUUGUUUUACGGGUCUAAAAGUCCGGACAAUUUGAACUGCAGUCUUGACGUGCUUAUUGGUGGCGAUGUGGCGAGGUGCAGCCUGUGCGUCCAGGCGUACCAGCGCUACGACCAACACGCCCUGGAGAAAUAUGAGGAAUUUGAGGUUAUGACUCAGAAAUAUGAAACGGAUGCAUAUUCAGUGAGAACAUGCAUGGAUGAAUGCAAGGUUGCCUACAAACCGUGGCUGUGUGCACAGUAUUUCCCCACCACACAGAGGCAUUGUGGAAGGACAGUACCUUGUCUCCAGUACUGCCUGGAGGUUCAGCAGAGGUGUCCCUUCAUACUACCGGACAACGACGAUCUCAUCCACGGAGGAAGCCCCAGCUUCAUAUGUACAGGGCUACUGGGGAGCCAUGGGCAGCCCAACAGCCAGGCAGAGUGCUGCGACGUCCGGUGGGACUCUAAACCGGACAACCGUUCUCGUGGGACGCUGAAAAGGACUCCAACUCCCUCCUGCCAUCACCAACAGGGGGCGUCGACAUCAGUCACCUCGGCCGCAACACCCACCAGACUGUGCAGCAGCAGCGGCCGGCUGAAGCUGUGCCUGCUGGUCUUUGUUCUCCUGCACACCGUAGUCACCAUUACCACCGCAUCCCACAAUUCCACUGGGGUCGUUGGUGUGGCAGUCAUUUUCCCCCUGGAGGAAAGCUCCUCCGGUGAGGAAUAAUGGAAAAAAUUUGCAAAAAAAAACUCUAGGUUUUAUCUGGGAAUGAGUGAGUUGCAAAACCGGUUCUGACCAGUUCUGGCUCUCUGUUCAGAGUGAACCCUGGAAGGUCCCUGGUAUGUACUGUCGAAUCCUCAUUGGGCCACAGGAAGUGAGGGCAAUUUACCUGGAGCAAAGGAUGCUGGGAAUUUUAGUCAUGUGGUGAGGCGAACACAUCUCAGACCAAAGGAUCAAUAUCAUAUCACCGUGUCAAUCUAAACCCGAGUUCACCUUUUCAGUCUCUUGUUUCUUCAGGAUGUACUAUAUCGUUUUUUUUUUUGUCCUCCUGGUUCAGUUGUUUGUGGAGUUUGUUGGAAUGUGAGUGGGUUGUCUUAGAACAUAUAAGAGGCAGAGAAUAUUGAAAAAGGUAACACCAACCUGUGUGUUUUUAUCCACCCCUCUCUUAACCAGUAACAUUUAGCUGCUCUUGGAUAUGCUAACAAUAUUCUUAACUCAAACACUCACAAACAGGCAUUCCCUGUAGCUCAGUUGGUAGAGCAUGGUGUUUGCAACGCCAGGGUUGUGGGUUCGAUUCCCACGGGGGGCCAGCACAGAAAAAAAAAAUGUAUGAAAUUGUAUGAAAUGUAUGCAUUCACUACUGUAAGUCGCUCUGGAUAAGAGCGUCUGCUAAAUGACUAAAAUGUAAAUGUAAAUGUAAACAGAAAGAGUAAACACUAAUUGAUCCCCCCUGUCCUGGUGGAUACAUAGAACAUAUCAGUCAUAACAGGGUUCUCUCAUGGCAGUACAUAUAACUCUAAUACAGAGCCAGUGAAGAGCAGGUGUAGUAUACCUUUUUAAAAUGUUUUGCCGACCUGAACCGUAUUGUGCUCGCUUGGAUUAUUUUCUUUACACGGUUGCAUGUAACCAGGCCAGUGAAGUACAGUACAGCUCAUCUCGUUUUAGCUCGGCUCAGUAGUGUGAAUAGGGUAGAAGUGGAGGUCUUGUCACUUCGAUUCAAAACUUUCCCACCGAUGGGCUUCAGUGUACUUCCGAGUUCAUAUUAUUUGAGCCAAUAAGUUUCUCUCUCAUUAUCCUGUGUCCAUGUGUUUGUAUGUGAUGGGCCCAAAGGGGACGUCGGAUUAACGAAGCUCAAUUUACCUCAAAUCAAGUGACCUGUUGGCUUAGAUUGACUCUGUUUUUCUAAAGCAGGACAUCCAAGAACCGUAUGUUUGGCUUUUAUAUUUGACUCAUAUAUUUCUCAAUAUAAGGCUCUGGUACAUCAUACCAGUACAUUAGUGCCAGUUCUCUUCACACAGUGGGAGAGGUGUCACAAGACCUGGGUUCAAAUAGUAUUUGUUCUCUUUGAAAUAUUUUACCUGCACUCAAUUGAGCUUGCCUGGCACAAUGUAACCAACGGGAUUGUCCCAAAAGUAUAUCUGAAAAUCUUGCCCAUCUCAUCUCCAGACAAGCUCAAUCAAAUGCUCAACACUCUUGACAGAAAACAGACACAAUUUGAACCCAGGAUGGAUCAUACAUACAUACAUACCCUCUCCUCUUUGUCUCUAUUUGACCUAAUUAUCAUUGUGACCAAGAUAAUCACCUUGUAUCUUUACACAGAGCUAAGGCCUUAGCUAGUAGGCAUUUGUGUGAGGGUAAGGAGUUCUCAAGGGCUGGCUCUACAUACUGCAUUUCAUUCCGUUGGUGUAACUGCUGCUAACCGGUACUCAUUGAUAUGGCACAUAGGGGAAGAAAUCUGAUAGGCUCCUUAUGCUUUCACCUUUGACCUUGACAUCCCUGUCUUAUCCUUCCCGUUCAACUGAGUAGCGCAUAUUAUGGCACCUUUGUUUUUUCUACACGUACAUAUAAUCAGUACUGCCGGAAUAACUCUGAAGUCAAUCGUACUCGGGCAUGAAGACAUCAAUCUGACGAUUAGGGUGAAGUUUCCUCAAGACCCUGGUCUUGGGUCAGUUCUGCAUUUGACCCACUAAUGGAAGGUGUUAGAAUUGGGGGAGGGGAACUGAUCCUAGAUCUUUACCUAGGGAAAACUUCACCCUGAAAGUCUAUGUGCUUUAGCCUAUUCACAUUAUUUUCCCCUUAGGUUCUCGUAACAGUUGAUUUUCUCACAGACACUCAUCGAAUGAACUGUUCUUUAUAGCCAUCAAUGAACAACAUUAAUUUAUUGUUUCCCUCACCUUUACACUAUUCCCCCAAAAGACAGCAGCGGAUGUAACCCCCUCUCUGUAGAAAUAACCUCCCACAAACUCCCCCAAACAUGAUCUGAACCUUGUGGAUCUAUGCAGAUGUCCUACCCCUGUCUGGCCCCGUACAUACUCAAGUUGCACAACUGAUGUACAACACAUUUGGCACAAUGGUUGUGAUACAACUGAUGUUUUUGUGAUUCAACAGAGAGUUUGUCUGCACAAUGGUUGUGUAAUUAUUUUUCGGAAGAAAAAAAUAAAACUAUGUUGAAUGAUAUUAUGCCAUAUGCAUUGUACUUCAGUUGAACAACUGGAGUGUUUACUGGUGUAAAUAUGUCCUAGAGAAGUGAGAUAUUCAAGAUGUCCACCUCUUGGAGAUUUUUCUGUUUUUCUAUUUAGGGAAAGCUUCUUGUGUUUGUUUUUCUUGUUUUUGGUUGCAUUUUCUGUUAAUGGUCUCACUUCAAACAAACUAAAACUUGUAAAGGCUUUAUAAGCAUCUACAGUUUGUAGUGCUUAUGAGUACUUUAUGUAUGCUUUAUAAAGCCUUUUAAUGUUGUACUUCGUUUGAAGUUGGACCUUGUUAAGAACUGUCUACAGCAUUGUAAGUCAGAUCAGUAGGAGAGAGAAGAUUGGGAAAAGGUGUGAUAGAUGUGUGCAAGGAAAAUAAUGAAGAAAAAGGUGGGAAUUAUGAUGAAAAUAUAUUUAAAAAAAACACAGAUACCUUAUCUUACUAUUGUCAUAUUAUCAUACGAUAGAUGCUUUAGUGCAAUUAUCUUUUCUUUUUCUACAAAAGAGUUUGAUGAAAUAAUUUAUAAUGCAUCUCGAAGUCAUCAUCUUUUUUGAACAUAAGAGAAAU